GAAAAAGAGCUCCGCUACCCCGGCCAGCAUCAGACCAGCUCAGUGCAGGCAGCGCAUCACACCGGUGAGGUUUGGAUGGGUCAGCUGACAAUUAAACACGAUACAUCCCGGAACUCCUGACAUGGAAUGACGCCUCGGUUAGGCUCCCGCCAGCAGAAAGGACUUUAUAUCCAUGUUUUGAGCCAAUCCUCGGUUGGAUUUUCUGGGACAUUUAGUUCUCUCGGAUGUCCACCUUUUCUGCACAGCAACAUCCUCAGACAUCACACACACGGAUCUCCAUUCCCAUCAGGCUCCUGCUGAGAUGGCCAGAGCAGAGACCAUCGAGACUGUCGGAGAAAAUGUGCUGCUUUGUCACAACACCUGCCGCAUGGAGUUACCACCACCCCUCCAUACCUACUCAGGCUCGUUUAUUACCAGGGCCCCCAGAGGUGGCAGCAGAGUCACUGCCCCCAACCUCCAAAGCAGUCCCCAUCAUGUGGAGCAGACCCUCUCUGUGUCAAAUCCGCCAUCUCACCCCCAUCAGGCAGGCCAAGAUGAGGCCCAGACCCACCAGCAGUCACCUGCGUUAUCGCCAUCAUCAGAACCCUCUUGCUGUCUGGUCAGGGACGAACGUAGUCGGCGAACAGCUUCAUCCGACAAUCUAUCAGGAGAACAAACAGAUUCCAAUAGGGAAGAACGCCAGAACUCCAGUCCUUCGGGUCCUCUGCCUGACCUGCUUUCCCAGAAUGAGAUAUCAUCCCGGGCUUCGCCGCCCCACCAGCGACGCCCCGGGGGUGAGGCGGUCCAGCAGCUGGAUGUGCUGAGAGUGGCCAGUCAGCUUAGGGUGAUCGGAGACGAAUUCAACGCCAGGAUUGUCCACAGAGCGCACGUCGCCCCCCAGUGGCAGGACUGGAGAGACAUCUACAGAGGUCUCUUCAACUUUAUGGCCCAAAUGUUCAGCGCCCUGUACAGGCUGACAUAGGCCUCCUUUCUGGACCUUUAUUCUACAUUUUGGGCACGAUGUACUGUUGCUAAGGCGUCGCUGGGAUAAUGAUCAUCUCAUCCUGUGUAAGAGGAAAGAAAGGAAUCAGCUAUUAGAAGCUGACCCUCUCUGUCAGUCAGUGUGCUGGAUCAGACUGCAGCUGACGGACGGAUGGACUUUUUGUUCAUUUUGUAAAAUAUAUAUAUAUAUAUUUUUUUGUUUUUGUCCUGUCUUGGGGGUCAGUUCUCUGUGUAGCAGGUGUGAGUCUGUGUGAGGAUUUGUUAAAGAUGUGGGUCAAACUUUGGUUUGUGUGACUGAGAACAUUUAGCUGUGAAAUCAGCUAUCUUUACGUUCCCCUUUAACUACAAAUUAGAGCUCCUCUCUUUCCCCACAGACCUGAUUUGACCCUCGUCUAAUGUGCGGGUUGUGUUUUUUCUACUCUGCAACCCGUGCCCCGUUCCCUUUUAUUUGAAACUGUGAAAUGAGACGCUGAGGUUACAUUUGCAGGGAAUUUCUGGGUGCAAAUCUACUAUCGCGCAAAGAGCAGAUUGAGCGGGCCGUCCCGCUGAUCUGGAACUACUUUGCUUCACCACUUAAACGUGCCUUCCUACCUGAGGCUUCACCUCCAACAUGGUGACAAUCAGCGGCGCACACAUUCACUCAAAGUGCUUCAUUUUUGCAGUCAGAAAAUUGAAAAAGCAAUUUGCGUUCAAUUCAAAUGUGGAGAAGACGGAUUUCCUCCCUCCGUUUUGACUGGCAGGUUGUUUACAGUGUUCACAGCUCCACCAUCGACUGUAAAUAGUCUUUUUUUAAAACAUGAAUUUGGGUUCACUUAUGAAAUCAGUGCGCAUUAAAAGCAGUUCUGUGACUUUUUUUUCUGGUUUUACGUUUCUAUUCCCGAGCGUUCCUUGGUAACAGUUGGAAUUUAAAUCCAGUGGAUUUGAAAAAGGUAUUCAUCGAGCAGCAGAAAAAACGUUUCAUUCUCGUCCCUUUUUUUUCUAUUUUCUGAUGAUUUAAGAAGUUGAAGAGAAAAUAUUAAUUGCUCAUUAGAGGAGCGCAAUUUAUUUUGAAAAAAGAAACCUGAUGCUCUUUUUUUUAUUUUUGUUCCUUGUUUUCAAUGACGAUGUAUUUAUUUUUGUAUUAACUAAGACUUAAGUUGUACUAAAUUUGUAUACAAUAAAAGACAUGCCGUUGCACACACUCUGAAAGGAGGAAAUAAAUCUUUUUAAAUUUGUUGCAUGAAAGAAAAAAAGAAAAAGAGCUUAGAUCACGGUGCAGCUCAGAACAAAAUGAAAGGGGUGUUCCAGCUUUGAUGUGUGCUGCAGAUAAGACAGAAAGUUCUCAGAUUCUCAAAGCUAAAAAGAAAAAAAAAACAAUGAAGUAGAAAUCUGGCACUAAAGAAACAUCCC